AUGUCCAAACAUCAUCCCGACUUGCUCAUGUGCCGGAGGCAGCCGGGGAUAGCUAUUGGCCGCUUGUGCGAGAAGUGCGAUGGAAGAUGUCCCAUUUGCGAUUCCUACGUCCGGCCAAUGACCAUCGUUCACAUCUGCGACGAGUGCUCUUUCGGCGCUACCGCGGGCAAGUGCAUCAUCUGCGCCUCGAAUGCCAUCUCGGACGCGUAUUACUGUACGGAAUGUACGCGGCUGGAGAAGGACCGGGAUGGGUGUCCAAAGAUUAUCAAUAUGGGCGCGAGUCGGGUGGAUGCGUUCUAUGAACGGAAGAAAUUAGGGCUAGCGACGCGUCAAGGCCUCGCGCGCGCUCGGCGUGACACUUCGUGA